UGACACAUGGGACGAUACCUACACGCAAACAUUACAUACGAUUCAAAAAACGAUUCGCUAUUCACGCAUUCACAGUAGGCAGUAUUAGAAAAGCGUGUGCUACGUUAAACUCUACUUACAAAUCUGGAAUAAAGGAUAUCUACAGACAUUACAAGUACAGGGAGAUUUACUGGGGCAGCAAACAUUACGAAAUAGGCUACAUGACGUACAAUCUAGUCUCAAAAUAUCAGCAAAUGGUAGAAAUAUACAACCUUGUCGUCAAAUUUUACGCCAGUAGGAACCAUACAAGGUACGCGACCACGUACUACCUCUUAUACCUGUACAGUUGUAUGGUGACCUUCCAAAAAACAAUAGUAUAUAUGACUGAGAGUCUUCACGAGCUAGACAGCAGGUAUAAGGAUGAUCAAAGAGAUGGUCGAAACGCAUUUGAUACCUCAGAUGACGACGAUAAAAACCACGACAAAGAUGACGAUCCAUACGACGAUGAUAUGCACAACACUGGGUUACCUUCCGAUGUGGACUUGAUAAACAACCCUACUGAACCAGAUUGGAAGAAAGAUGAAGAGAAGAAACGUGAAGAAGAGCGGGAGAGGAAUAGAAACAAUGACAGUUGGCUUUUUAACUGGAGUAUACCAACUAGAACCACACCGAAGCGAGGACGCUGGCCAUUAGACCGAUACGGUUGGGAUGUGGAGCUCUACGAGGGUCAAGUCUUUGGAUGAUAAGUGCCGCCGUUUGUAAAAUAAUAAUAAUAAUAAUAAAAUAGAUAUAAUAAUAAUAAUCAUCAUUAUCAUCAUCAUUUAUUUCGGACUCUAAAUCCAUAUUUUUGAAUGUGGCAUGUUUCCUGAUCUAUUAAAGCUAUCAAUAGUGAAACCGAUCUAUAAGAAGGGCGAUAAAUCUGAGCUAUACAACUACCGCCCGAUUACUCUUAUCCCGAUUUUAGCCAAAAUUUUCGAAAUGAUUAAUGGACUAUUGCACAAAAUUUAACAUUAUAAAACCAGAACAAUUCGGCUUCCAAAAGGGAAAAUCGACUGCUGAGGCUGUUUUCAAUAUUGUCGAUGUAGUGAUUAAAGCUCUUGACACAAAAAAGCACAGCACAGUAUUGUUUCUGGACAUGUCUUAAGCUUUCGAUUUCGUAGCACAUGAUAGCUGAUAAAGUUAGAGAAGUAUGGUAUUAGGGGCAUAGCACUGAAUUGGUCUAGGUCAUACCUACAUGACAGACAGCAACGGGUGGAGAUAAACUAC